GAUAAACUUAUUAAAUAGUUUUCCGUAUGAAAGCUAUCUUAAUCGGAGGUAUAAUUUAGUACAGUGAAUGAAAAGAGUCGCACAAAAUGGCAGAGACACAAGCCAACAAGCUCACAAAUGAGCCUGACGUGUCCUUCACCUCAAGUGACAUUUUCAUGGCCGCUGCCAAAGGCCACCUGAAGAAACUGAAGUCGAUCUACAAACAGGACCCAACCAUCAUUUACCAUCGCGACGAAAACGGAUUUGUACCUCUUCAUAUCGCUGCUUUGCACAGCAAGUUAGAGGUUCUGAAGUUUAUGAUUGACAAGGAGGUGGAGUCAAAAAAGAACAAAGAACCAGCUGAAGCCAAUGCAGCUCCUAAACCAGCUUUGGUAACUGUAAGAAGCCAGCAUGGAUGGACACCAUUACUGUUGGCAAUUAGUGCUCCGAAACAGACAAAAGCAGAUGCUCUUAAUGCCCAUAAGUGUGUUGAGUUUCUACUGGAGAAUGGCGCUGAUUCAAACACUGCAAAUGAUGAUGGAUCUUCUGCGUGUCACAUUGCGACCUUGGAAAACAUGCCUGAUGUGUUGCGAUUAUUGAUGAAAUAUCAUGCAGAUGUCUCAACAGCCGACAAAAAGGGGAAAAAGCCGAUUGACUUAGCCAGAAAGAAAGGACACAAAGAGUGCGCCAGAGCUCUGCUAGCGGGUGAAUGGGGAACAAGUGACGAGUAUUUCCAUAGUGAAGUGACAAAACUUAUGCACCUGAAGCGGUACAGAGACGAACUUAGACGAGAACUCGACAUCAUCACUUUGUUCGAAUCAGACAUCGAACGAACUCUCAGUUUCAAAGAGUGGCUCCAAAGCAAGGGUUACAAGAACGACGACGAUAGCAAAGAUGGGCCACCUAAGCUGCUUAGCGACAAAGUUGAUCCUGGAAAUGUAGUUGUGAAAAAACAAGACGUCGAAAAAACUCAGCAAACUGUAUUUGGAAGGGCAAAUCGAAACAAAAGCUCGGGCAAGUCUUCGAAGUCAAGUGAAAUAUUGAACCCAACUCCUUUUUCAGCACCUCCGAAACAUUCGAGUUCGAUGUGUAAUGUUUGUAGUGGUCCCAUUUCAGAGGUAAAAAGGGAAAAGGAAAUGAAAAACAGAGAAGAAAAUGCUCAAGUGGAGUUGCCUAACUUGAGGUCGUCGUUGAUAGAAUCUGUGUUGUUUGGAAGUAGCGUGAAAGAGUCCAGACCUCCAGCAACUAGAUUCUUCAAAGGGACGUCCAUGUUGGACCACAAGAAGCGACGAUCUUGGAACAGCAGUGUUAGUAGUAAUAAUAGACUUGAGAUGUCUCAAAGUGCGAAUCCUUUCCACUCGUCAGUGGGAUCAAUUCUAAGAGAAGACCCGCCUCCAAUGAGUUAUUUUGAUAAACCUCUGUCGAAGAAAAGUGACGUUUCUGUUCUUAAGGAAUCGGAUACUCUUCUGAACAAUGCUGCCAAGGUGCCUAUCAUGUGGAAAGGCAAACCAGCCACGGUUAAGGACUACCUCCUCGAAAAAUCUUUCAUCUGCUAGAGUAAUCAUCUAUUCAGUGCUGCCUUCUUCCACAUUUAUCAUUGCUCUGUGCCUUCAAAUUUUGCUAAUUAACAAUUCUUUAUUUUUGUAAAUACUAUCAAAAGGUACAUUUAAGUUGCGAGUAAAUAUCUGUUUAUAUGCCGAUUUGUAGAUAUGUAAAAAGAAUAUUGAUUUCUAUCAAUUUUUUUUGAUGGGCACAAAAAG